AUGCAGGACUUCCUCUGGAGAAACCACAGCUCUCUUACUGAGUUUGUUCUUCUAGGAUUCUCUAGUGACAGGAAGAUAAAUGGCAUUCUGUUCGGUGUCUUUCUUCUCCUCUACAUCAUCACCCUCUUAGGCAAUGGGCUAAUUAUCACCUUGAUACACGUGGAUUCCCGCCUCCACACACCCAUGUACUUUUUCCUCAGUGUCUUAUCCAUUCUGGAUAUGGGCUAUGUCACCACUACAGUGCCCCAGAUGCUGGUACAUCUGGUCUGUGAGAAGAAGACCAUCUCAUAUAUUGGAUGUGUGACUCAGAUGUACAUCUUCCUGAUGCUGGGAAUCACUGAAUCAUGGCUUUUUGCAAUCAUGGCUUAUGAUAGGUAUGUGGCCAUUUGCCAUCCUCUCAGAUAUAAAGUCAUCAUGAGCCCUUUACUGCGUGGGUCACUAGUAGCCUUUUGUGGGUUCUGGGGUAUCAGCUGUGGCCUUAUAUAUACUGUUUCUGCUAUGAUUCUUCCCUAUUGUGGCCCCAAUGAGAUCAACCACUUCUUUUGUGAAGUACCUGCUGUUCUGAAGUUGGCCUGUGCAGACACCUCUCUCAAUGACCAGGUGGACUUCAUCCUAGGCUUCAUCCUUCUUCUGGUCCCACUCUCCCUCAUCAUUGUCGUCUACAUCAAUAUCUUUGCUGCUAUCUUGAGGAUCCGUUCAACUCAAGGGCGAAUCAAGGCCUUUUCCACCUGUGCCUCCCACAUCACUGUGGUCACUAUGUUCUCGAUCCCAUGUAUGAUUAUGUAUAUGAGACCUGGUUCUGAGUCCUCCCCAGAAGAGGACAAGAAGCUGGCUCUCUUCUAUAAUGUUAUCUCUGCCUUCCUCAACCCAAUAAUCUACAGCCUUCGUAACAAAGAUGUGAAAAGGGCCUUCUUCAAGGUGGUAGGCUGUGGCGAAGUGUCAGGAUGA